AUGAUCCUUGCCCUGUGCGGCGCAGGGAACGGGUUCUUCAAAAACGGGGACUACCGCAAUGCGAUCGCAAAGUACUCUGACGCCAUCGCUGCUGACCCCAACAACCACACCUACUGGUCCAACCGAAGCGCUUCUUACGCGGGACUGAUGGAGUGGGAGGAGGCGGCGCACGAUGCGGCGGAAUGCAUCAAGGUCAACAAGAACUUCGUAAAAGGUUACUUCCGGUUGGCGACGGCGAAGAAGAACCUGAACGAGUUGGACGCUGCUGCUGAUGUCAUCAAGGCAAGAAAGAACCUGUUCGCUUCCCUUGCGCCGCAGAACGACCGUCAGGACCUGUUGCUGUACCAUGGCUCGCACCAUACCCCACAACGCAUGCGUUGUCUAGAUGUCGUGCCCCCCAUCGUCGCCCCUCGUGUUUCCCUCGGUACUACAAAAGUUCGAGGCUUGUGUGUGGAGCCACGCAACGCCGAUCUUAAGAAGAACCUGAAGGAGAUCGACGAGCUUAUCCGAGGGGAAAAGGUAGCGAGACAUGCGUGUGGACUGUGGACGGACGACUGCCGUGGAGCUUGCUGUUAAUUUUGCCGCGAGUUUUCCCGACUGGCUGGUUACGAGGGCCUUUGAAACCUGCGUUCGAACAAAGUGUCCGUUGCCAUAGGCCCGUCGACUGCAUCGGGGGUUGACCGUUUGUGUCGCGUCAUUCCGAAAGGACUGGCGCACGAUGGGAGCACAAUCUUCUAGACUUGCUGCUUCGGUGAUUUUCUGUCGAGCUUAUCCCCCCCCGCCCCCCCGAGAAGUUGUCCCGUAUCCAGUACCCGGUGCUGAACGUAGUGCCUGCGGACGCGCGCUACGAACCCGUUGGAAGAAAUUAUUCUGCGACUGCAAGUCUUGAAGGACGCAAGUGUGUUGGAAUGCAAGAGGGUAAGACUUGUACUCAGCAGUAGUGUUCCGUCGUAGACACGGAACCCCUCGAUCUAGCUGCGUGAGAUGAAAAUACCGAGCCGAUUAUCUGUAUUUCGCGACCUACGGGGUGUGCACCACUCUGCCCAACUGAUGCCUUUAACUCCACACACCCCUUGAGCCUUAUCCCGAGAGUCUGUCGGCCCCACCCCUGUUACAGCAGGCUUGACAGCAGCCGACGACCAUACGACUGAUGCCAAGCGAUGCAGAUGACUAAUUCUC